CAACAGGCCCAGCCAGGCAGCCAGCCUCUGUAUCAGCCACUGCAAAUCAUCAGUGAGUCAGCCCGUGUCCAAGUUAGCGACGCUAACACCCACCCGUGACACCCGUGAAUGAUGGCCGGGAUUCAACUGCGGCUGCAGCGAGAGGUGUUCGCUCCCCAUGGUGACCAAUUACUGUCCAUGGUCCAAUGUUCCAGCGAGAAGAAGGGCAAACGCCGGGAUAUCUUCAUUUGUCUACUGAACGAAACGCAGCAAGCCUCUCAAUUUCGGAUUAGUAUCACGGAGCUCAAGGCCCAUCCGGAGCGACCCACGGAUUUGCCCAAGAAGAAGCGCUCCUGGUCCAUCAAGGACUUGGUGGGGAUCGAUGCCAAGCACCAGGGGAGUGUGGACCAGUCCGAGAAGGGCGACUCCGAAGGGGCCCACAACCAUUUUGAACUGGAAUUCGAGAAGCCGUAUUCUUGGGUGGCCAUCAAUGGCGAUGAGCUGAAGAAAUUCUUGUCCACCUUGAUCAAUUCUUGCUUCCGUCAUGCGGCCAUCUAUCCUCAUUUACGAUUGGCCAAUUUGCCCCCGGAUUUGGCACAUUUAUCCAAUGUGGGAGUGGAUGGCUUGGCCCUGGAGGGCACGCCUCGAUCGAGCUCGCGGGAGGCUUGGCCCAUUCGGGAUCGGGAUGAGGAGGAUGGCUCCGAGUAUCAGGCCAUUUCGGAUAAGGAAGCCACCGAUUUGAUGGCCUUGAUGGCCAAGUGCGAGCAUGCCGUGACCAAUGCUGACAUCUUUGUCGAGGAUCUGACCUUGCAAUUGAGCGCCUUGGACGAUUCGAACAUCUCAUCCAUUCUGCAGAGUGAAGAGAAAGUGAAAAGCUUGAUGACCAUGCUGGAGAAGGCUCUCAAUCAUACGGACUCGAUCGAAUCGCGCCUCAAUCAGUACGACGAAUACUUGGAGCACAUCCGGGAUUCCAUGGACAAGAUGGAAGGCAAGACCGUGUCGAUUGAGACGGUCAAUGCCAAUAACAAAAAGCUCCUUCAGAGUGUGGAGAGUAUUGUAAAGCAAUUGGAUCUACCCUAUCGCUAUCAACACGUUCUCCGGGAAGCCGAAUUCAACCAAAGUAGCAAGCUCCGAGAAUCCAUUCAAGCGGCCAAGGCCUUGAAGAAAGUGCUUUUGGCCGACAUUGAUCCCAAAUUGAAAAAGAUGAAGGCCGUCGAGGAUCAGAUCAAGAACUGCUCCAAAAUUCGGGACAAGUUCUCCAAAGCGGUACAAACUCACUUGACCAAUUUGUUCGUUCAUUAUGGCAAUGACAAGGAGAAUUUGGAUUCCGGCCACGGCCAAUUGAAACUGGCUCGGCGUAAGCAUAUUCAUAAAGAGCUCAUGAAAUACUCCGAACUGGUCCACUGGAUGAAGGACAUGGAUCCCAAAGGAUUCACGGACCUUCAAUCCAGUUACCGACAAAACCUCUGCAAGCUCUACGACAAAGAUAUCAAAAAGUUCUUUGACUUGGCCAGUUACCGUAUCAGUGGGGGCAAGCAACCGUCCAUUGUGGCCGGAUCCAGCACGGAUCUGUCGGGUAAGAAGUCCGGGAAGCCCAGUGGGAGUCUCAUUGGCACGGAUGCCGAUUCCAUCCACUCGGACAUGUCCUUGUCGGAGCGUGAGCGUUUCGACGACGUCAUGGAAACGGCCCUCAUUGAGGUGGAGGAUAUUUGCAUGGACGAGCAGUACUUCAGUAUCAAUUUCUUCCGCAUGGAGCAGAUUGACAAGGCGAAUCCGGAUCCCAAGAAGGACAAAAAAGUGAUGGCCGAGGCCAGGGAAAUGAUGGCUGAGAUCUUCCCAUCCUUGGAGAGUGAAAUGCUCCAAUUCAUCGCCUUCUAUGAGAAGGGAGAUAAUUUCUUCACUCUUCACGCCCUUGUUCGAUUGGGCAAGCACGUGUUAUCCACUCAAGACACGGGCUCGUUUUUGGCCAUCUCCCUUGGGUCAGUCCUGGUUCAAAUAAAGCGUAACUUUGACAACUUCAUGAAACUCCAAUUGGCUUCCAUCAAGGAAGCUCGCGUUCCAAGACGGCAGAAAUGUGCCAUUCUGUCGUUCGUCAUCAAUUUCGAGGGCUUCGUCAAUACCACUGAGGGAAUCUUCAAAGGAUCGGAACGCCGAUCCGACUUGGAGAAGUGGUAUAUCAUCUUAGUCCAAGAGAUGUGCUUCGUCAUUGCCCGGAUUUCCCGCGAUCACGCCAAGACGCCGGCUGAAGUGAUCAAGAUGGAAAACUAUCACCACCUCCAUGCGCUCUUGUCCCAAAUGAAGAUCGCUGCUCUGGAUUCCUUGAAGAAGGAGAUUAAGCAGAAAUACGUGGACGCUCAGGGGGCGUACGUGACGCAGUAUUUCGGAAGACCCUUGGAAAAGUUGAAUGUCUUCUUCGAAGGAAUUCAGCAGCGGGUGGCUGCUGGAGUGAAGGAAUCCGAAAUCAGCUACCAAUUGGCAUUCAGCAAACAGGAAUUGCGGAAAGUGAUAUCGGCUUAUCCAGGCAAGGAAGUGAAAAAGGGCUUGGACAGUCUGUACAAGAAGGUGGAACGGCAUUUGUGCGAAGAAGAAGGUCUGGUUCAAGUCGUUUGGCGAGCCAUGCAAGAGGAGUUCAUCCGGCAAUACAAACACGUGGAAGAUAUGAUUCAAAGAUGUUAUCCCGGUGCUCAAAUCACCCUGGAUUUUACCAUUAAUGAGGUCCUGGAAUAUUUCUCCGACAUUGCCCGCUCUCAUUGAAUAAUGAUUAUUUCUUUUUCCCAAAUAUUUUUUGUACAUGAAUGAGUUAUGAUUUAAGAAUGUAUUUAUAGAACGCUGUUGACGUUGUUAGAUCAAACACUGAAGUGGGAGAUAUUAUUUAUUUUUGCUUAUAAAAUCGAAAUACACUACACAUCAUGGACGAUGAGCUUUCAGGAUAA